AUGAUAAUCGUAUGGAAAGGCCGCCGACGGUCUAGAGAGAACCCUUGUUCUGUUCCGGAAGAGCGAGAGCAAGAGCGAUCGAGAGCGGGACGAUUGCAAUGAGGAGAAUUCCCUUAAUCAAGUUCCCGCAGAGGCAUCUUCCUGCUAAGCCCUCAGGGACCUCUUCGCCUUCUGAUGAGAUGGCCUUCCUCAAAUCAAGAAUUGAGUCCCAGCCAAAGGCUGCCUCCUCAUCUGGUGAUAGUCCGAGUUAUAGAUUUCGUUCAAAUGUUCCAGCCCCUCCUUCCAACACUGCUGUAGGUGGAAAGGCUUCACUUUUACCAAAGCGCACACCGGUCUCAGAUAGUGAGAUUGAGGCUAUCCUGUCGGGUGGUUGCUUCUGAUUUUGUUUUAUGAUGAAUUUGGGAGUUCACUCCUACGAAUAAUAUGGAGCUGGAGUUUGAUCUAUCUGAGAAUGCAUGAGUGGUCUCAUGACUUAACCAGUGCAUUUGUAGCAACAAUUUGAGGUCUGAACUUCGAUCAAUAUUUUCCUAUUGUAACAUGAUGGCUUUUGUUAACGACUCAAUUUAUUAAUCGACUCCAAGAUUAUAUGUAAUGUUAUUAUUAUUAAAUUGGAUUGCUCGAGUACUUGAAUUUAAAAUAA